GUCAAAGUUUUUGCCUGCCCCCGGCAAAAACCGCCCAUUAAUUUGGCCGUCCGGUGUACCGCCUCGUGAUCGACCACUCUGUGGACUGACUGGAGAGAAAUGCGUCCAGGUCUCCAGCAGUGUGUUGGUGAUAGCAGUCGUUGUUGCGGUGUUGUUAAUAUUAUCAGCACUUGCCGUGACCGUUGGAUGCAUAUGGUAUCAGAAAAACAAAAACGAUGACGAUCAGGCAUGGUGGCUUAUUGAAGAUCCCCAUAAGGCAGGCGACAGUAUGGCUAAAGACUUGGAUAACCUCAAUUAUUCCAAAAAAACUUCUCGAUCGCCUCAGCAGAUCUUGCUGAGGGAUGGGCGUUUGGCGUUUGAGCAGCCACUGGAGUGGAAUCUCAGGUGGAAACUGGUCAUAUCCAGAAAGCUGAUCAAAUACUUAAGCCAAGUGCACAAAGUUCAUCAUCCAAAUGUUGCUUGCAUGUUCGGCUUGGGAUUUGUAAUGAAAUUUCCGUACGUUUACUACGAAUGGUGUUCCAAGGGAUCGAUCGAGAAGCUGCUGAAAACGUUUAAUGUCGACCACAUAUUAAAAUUUGGCUUGUUAGAAGGGUUCAGUCAGGGCUUGACCUUUAUUCACCAAUCCCCAAUUCAUUGCCACGGGAAUCUCAAAAUGUCGAAAUGUGUUGUGGACGCUCGUUUCAUGCUGAAAAUAACAGACUAUGGUCAUGAGAAAUUGUGUAGCUUACUACUCGGAAAAGAGAUCGAAUAUCCAGCGAAAACCUCAUUCUUCCCAAGUCAUCCAUGGAUGGCACCGGAAGUGCGGAAUGGGCAGAUGCCAACACAGGACAGUGAUGUGUUCGCAUUCGCUAUCAUCAUUCACCAGAUUCUAAUGGAAUGCGAGCCAUUCGGCGCGGAUCUGCCGGAAAAAAUUGCCGACAAACGAACCGAAAACUUGCCGGAACUUUUUCUUUCGACGAUAACACCGCUGAUUCGUGAAGCGUGGAACUUCAAUCCAAAAGGCCGGCCAAAAUUGCGUAAAUUUGACCGAGCCAUCCGAUUGGCCAGCACGGCUGAAGGCAUCCACGGGUCCCUGGUAGAACGCAUCUUCAUACAGUUGGCGAGAUAUUCCAUUAAGCUGGAACAUGAUGUUGCCGACCGGACGUCACAGUUGAAAUCGGAAAGGGAAAAAGCCGAUCAACUACUGCGGGAAAUGUUGCCCCAAGAAAUCGUGAAAAAGCUGCGGAACGGACUUCCCGUAGUACCUGAGUACCUGGAAUCAGUCAGCGUGUAUUUCAAUGACAUGUGUGGAUUCGCUGAGUUCGUGACAACCGUCGCGCCGCCGGAUGUCGUGAACUUUUUGCACAGUGUAUAUUCCGCCUUUGACAAGUCGGUUGCCGGUUUUUCUGUUUACAAGAUGGAAACAAUUGGAAGCAGUUAUAUGGCAACGAGUGGAGUAGUAGAACGCAUAGGCGACAAGCACGCCCAGCAAAUAUGCAUGGCUGCUCUGGAAAUUCAAAACGCCUUCGACCGCUUGUCCAACCACAAACACAUGGCACUUAUCAGUGGAAUUCACAGUGGUCCAGUCGCUGUGGGCGUGGUGGGACUGAAACGCCCCCGUUAUUGUCUAUUUGGUGACACGGUCAACACUGCGUCGCGCAUGGAAAGCCAUGGAGCAGCAAAUAUGGUCCACGUUAGCUCGGAUACGGUACAUUUGGCAUCGGCAACUGGUUUGUUGUUCAAGAACCGGGGAGAUACUAACAUCAAGGGAAAGGGCAUUAUGACGACUUACUGGUUGCUGUCACCCGAAGGCUGACGAUUAAACAUACAAGAAUGGCACAGCCGUGACACUGGACACCUGCUGAACGGAACUCAUUUAAUCUUUUCUCUAUUUCAUUCACUUCAUGUAGCCAAUGGAAAGAAACGGUGGAAUAAAAUAUCUCUUAAU